AUGGCAUCUAUUAAAAGUACAGCAGGAGUUCGACACAACGCAUUUCGCUUGAAUGCUCACAAAAAAUUAGUUUAUAAUCGACUCAAGAGAUUCAAUUGGCCACCUCAAGAUUGUUCAACUAUACACCCGAUAGAACCAUACGGAAAACAAUUUUUUAUUUUUAAUGCCUAUAAAAGGGAUACUCGUUUUGAUAAUGAAAUUUCGAAUACUGUAAAACCAUUGAUAAAUUCGAAUAAUGAAAAAAUACCAUCAGAAACGGUUUUAUGUGUUUGUGAUUUUGCCAAACGGCCAUUAAUGUUUUUAAAUUAUCAAGAUUUUAAAAUACUGGAGGCUAGCAUAGACCAAAUCAAGGACGGAUUUAACAAAAUUGAGGGAAAACUAGACAAGAAUAACUAUUUAGAUACAAAGUUUGGUUUAAUGUUAAAAUAUAAUUUAAAUAAAACAUAUGGUAUGCAGAGAGUUAAAAAGGGAGAACACAACUCAUGGGGAAUGAAAAAAGGUGUGUUUAGAAGCAGGAAAACAUAA